GUGGAUGGGAGUAUAUACAGCGAGUACAGUCAAUCAUUCGCUCUCUCGCUAAGACUAACUGAGAGACUUUUCGCUGUGAGAAUUGGGAGUUUUAUCCGUGGUUGAUCAUGGCAGACAACCUAGUGGGUCGGUUCAUCAGUUCUUGAUGUUUGAUUGGGAUCGUUCAACGCAUCGGACUCUCAUACCACAUCAAGAGCGCCGUGGUCCAUGGCUCAAUUGGGGGCGAGUGGUGGGCAGCCCUGGGACUCGGUGUCAGGGAUGAGUUCGAGCCCGGCCGGGAUCAGUCUGUUGUUGGCAUUCGUGAGUCAAUGCGAUUAUUACCUGCUGGCUGCCCGCACUUCGGCCAAUCACGACAUCUUUGGUGGAUUCCGACGCGAUCGCUUGCUUCAAGGAUUGAUGACCAUUCUCAAUCACGAAUGUUGGCUGCCGCCCCAACACAACCACGCCCAUCCUUCACAGACCAACGUGGCCGAUAGUGGACCGAGUUGUGCGGCUUUUUUGCGCCAAGUGCUCCAGCAUUAUACCGGCGUCGAGGCUAAUGUCAUCAGCCAAGAAGGCGAGUGGCUGCCCUUCCUCAAGUGCAAGUUACUGGAAGCCCAAUUGACCAAAAUCUUGAGUCAGUGCUUUCAAGAUGAUGCUGCAAUCAGACAAUUUUACCACGAGGAUGCCUUCCUUCGUAGUCCGCCCUUGGUCGCCCUCUUGUUAGAGGUGACUCAGUGUCUGGAUGAUCUUGACGUAACUCGGUUUUCCGCUCUCAAGCAUCGUCUUGAGGUACUUUCAAUGGAUGAGUUUUCACAUUGGGUCAUUCCAGUCAACCAACCAUCUUCCACACCCAAGAGCUUCAACUCUCUUCGUCGUAAUUCUUUGUCAGCCAAACGAUCUGCGUCCUUGUCAGCCAAAUCCAGUUCACAUAAAUAUGUUCACAGCCAAUCGAUGCCUGUCGAUUUUCUACCCCCAACACCAGAACGUGAGCCUGUUGAUACCGGUACCAUUCCGAAACAAGUCCCUCCGUCAAACCUCUGUGAUGCAACCAGCCUGAAUAUACUAAUGAGGAGGAGGCAGAUGUCUAAUUCCGAGAACGAUCUGACUGCAAAUCUCAAGUCUAAGUUGACCGAAAGUCGUCCCACCAUUGUCAGCACCGAUUCUGAUUCUACACACUCCAACCAGAACCACCCUGUCGCUCAUACGACUUAUCAACGACAUCGCCGGUGUGCCUCGGAUUCAUUGGCCAAGAUCUCGAUCUCGUCGAACAUUAACAAUUUUGAUGAAGGAAUUCCUCGACUUAAAUACUCUGCCCAAGUUAUUCAAAAGAGGGUCCCGAUAUUUCACUCGGACGAAAAUGUCUUGGAAUCUUCCUCCUUGACGCCUAUUCCGCCCACAGAAUCGUGGACCGCUCCAAAGCCUACAUCCAAGGAUCAGUCAUUGCAAAACUACCUCCAAUCAGGCUGCUUCAGCCAAUAUCAAGCUGAAUUGGACAAGGAAUUGGCUCAUAUCAUCUUGGCCGAAGCCAUCAUCCAAGGCAUCAACAUUGCACAAUACGAAUCCGCAACUCAAACUCGUCAAGGCGAAGAAGGAGAAACAAUGUCAGCCCCAGUGGAUCUGGAUCAUGUUCAGAAUAUGCUGCGAAAUCAACGCUUCCGGCGACAUCGGUCCAAUGUUGGUGCGCCAAUCCGAGGGCAAAUCAUGGAUCAUGUGACCAACUCUUUGGAGAGCAGUGUGAUGUCAUCAUCGUUUAGCUCGGGUCUGUCCAGCCCGAUAUUUUCAGAUGAUGAAUCCAACGAAGAUGAGGAGACUCCUCUUCGAAGUCCCUCUCAACCUAGUGAUAUCGACACAACCACCAGUCAAGAGAACGGGAAUUCAGGUCGAAGCCGAGGUCAUCGCCGUGAAAGUUCGGCUGAAUCUUUGGCUUUGGCCUUGCUUCAUCUCAAGAAGCCUGAGAUUCAACCGAAAGUAUGUGAUUUGAAAUGGUUGGUGGGAGACGAAGACACUCCCCAGAAGCCAUUGCCUUUACCCCAAGACUUUCAAGCCCUCUCGGAUUCAACCGAGUCCCCUGCAAAUGCGCCUGUGUUACGUGGAACCAACACCUGGGCUCCACCGAGACCCCAACUGAUACUCAAGACUCAUGUGAAGAAAAAAGUUUUUCCAUCAAUGCAAGAGCAGAACUUUCAAUGUGCCGGCUGCUCCAUGACGGUCCAAAUGCGGUACAUCAAAACUUUCCGCUAUUGCUCCUAUUUCGGGAAGUACUUCUGCACCAGUUGUCAUCUUGGUCAAACCAGCGUGCUCCCCGCCAAAAUCAUUCACAACUGGAACUUCAAAGAAGAGCCUGUCAGCACUUUUGCACGGUCCGUCAUCAAGUCCCUGUUCCACGAACGACUCUUCUUUAUGGAAAUCAUCAGCCCUGAAUUGGUCAAGCGGGCCAAACGACUUCGUCGAGCUCUGAAGUGGAGAAGAUUGGCGCACAUUGUCUUCCCCUACGUUAUGACGUGCAAUCGAAGGCAUGACUCAGGGGAUUCGGAAAUCAUGAGUUUGCUUAAAACGAUAGGGAAAUUUGACAUUGAGGAACCUGCCGUGCUGACUUUGAAUGAGAUCUGCAGCAUCAAAUUAGGUUCAUACCUCCAUGAACUCCCCACGGCGGUCGAGGCGGCCAAACUUCAUAUUCUACAAUGCAAGUACUGUCAUAUGCGAGGCCAUCUAUGCGAAGGCUGCCGGUCCGAGGACGUUUUGUUCUCGUUUCAAACCACAGAUGUGGCUCAAUGUGAGACCUGCAAGGCGUGCUAUCAUAAAACCUGUCUGGAGAAAGUCUUGGCCAACGACGGGGAAUGCACCAAAUGUUGGCGGAUUAAACAGAGGAAAAUGGCUAAACUGAAUGCUACGACAACGGAUGUGAGUUCCUGAGAGGAGCACGACAACGGAUGUGAGUUCCUGAGAGGAGCAUGAGUCCUGUGGAAAACGUCCUUCAUCCUCCAUCCCCCUUUACUGUGUUGCCUUUCACUGAAGAUCUGUGAUAGAAUGCCUCUCAUUCAACUAAUCGAUAGUGAAGAACUGUGUUGGCGUCCCAAUUAGUGAUAAGAAGUUUACGAUUGAAGAGGCAUCCUUACCUUGCUUCAUGAUGAGACUUGAGUGAUAUAAUAUAUAUUUUUCGGUUCUAAAA